ACUGAAUUAAAUGGCUUUAUCCAGAGCAACCAAGGAAUAUAUUCCAAAAGAUGCGGUCGUAAUAACCGAGGAUGAGGCUUUGGCAUAUCAGUGGAAUAUCAUUUCAAAAUGGGAAAAAUUAAGCGAUGUUUGGUCAUUACGCUAUGGGCCGGGUAUUCUAUCGGCGAUGGCAACUGGUACCGGCAUUUUCGUUAACAAUCAUUACCGGAACAAACUGCGUCUGGGUACCUACGGUCGAUUCUCAACAUACCUUCCAAUAGUAGUUAUUCCGGCCAUAUUUACUCUCUCAUGUCACAAACUCUUCGUUCAACGGUCAGUUCUAUUGGAUCCCAUGGGCGAAUGUCCUACAUGCAUACAAAUGAGAGCAAUGACUUUCCAAACUGCCUUCGGUGUCAUAUAUCCAACCAUAUUGGCGCCCUUAUCAGCAUGUAUGUUUGCUACACGCCAUUACACUUACAGAUUGCCUUCAAUUACAGAAAACCCCAAGGAGGUGUUUCAAUUGAUUCGUAAAUUUACGAAACCUAUUCUUCCCAUACUCUCGGCCAUAUUGUGCAUUCAAGGUUUAACUGCGAUCUAUUUAACGUAUGAAGAGCAAAAGGAAAAUUUAGUAGUUUUAGCCAAAAUGAAAAAGUUUGAGCAAGAAGUUGAAGCAAACUUGGGCCUUUGA